GGGUCUCCCGCCCACGGCGGGGCUGCGUCUGCUGCGGCGGGUGCGGGAGGUUGCGGCGGCCGGGGCUGGGGUCUGGGCCGGAAGGCUGAGGCUGGCGCGGCGGGCGCUGGGGGCGCUGCCCCCGAGGCGAUGAUGGGCAAGGAGGAGGAGAUUGCGCGGAUCGCCCGGAGGCUGGACAAGAUGGUGACCAAGAAGAGCGCGGACGGAGCCGUGGAUCUGCUGCGGGAGCUGAAGACCAUGCCCGUCACGCUGCACCUGCUGCAGUCCACCCGCGUCGGCAUGUCUGUCAACGCCCUGCGGAAGCAAAGCUCGGACGAGGAGGUUGUCACACUGGCCAAGUCUCUCAUCAAGUCCUGGAAGAAGCUCCUGGAUGCUUCAGACGCCAAAGCCAGGGAGCGGAGGAGGGGCGGGCCUCUGCCCACGUCUUCCAAGGAGGCCUCUGAGGCCAAGGAUCCCAGCCGCAAGAGGCCCGAGCUGCCUCGGGUGCCGGCGACCCCAAGGAUCACCACAUUUCCCCCGGUGCCGGUCACCUGCGAUGCGGUGCGCAACAAGUGUCGCGAGAUGCUGACCGCCGCCCUGCAGACGGACCAUGACCACACGGCCGUCGGAGCAGACUGCGAGCGCCUGUCAGCCCAGAUCGAGGAAUGCAUCUUCCGGGCCGUGGGGAACACGGACAUGAAGUACAAGAACCGCGUGCGGAGCCGCCUCUCUAACCUCAAGGACGCCAAGAACCCCGGCCUGCGGCGCAGCGUGCUGUGCGGGGCCAUCACGCCCCAGCAGAUCGCCGUGAUGACGUCAGAGGUGAGCCCCCGGGGGCGUGGGGGUCGCCCCUGCCGGGCCCCGGCUGAGCACGCGCCCUCACCCCAGGAGAUGGCCAGCGACGAGCUGAAGGAGAUCCGCAAGGCCAUGACCAAGGAGGCCAUCCGCGAGCACCAGAUGGCCCGCACGGGCGGCACGCAGACGGACCUGUUCACUUGCGGCAAGUGCCGGAAGAAGAACUGCACCUACACGCAGGUGCAGACCCGCAGCUCCGACGAGCCUAUGACCACUUUUGUUGUCUGCAACGAGUGUGGAAACCGCUGGAAGUUCUGCUGAGGCUUUGUGCACGUGCGCCUGCAGCCUUGGGCCGAGGCCAGCGCUGGCCAGCGCCCUUGCCCCAUCUUCUGCCGACAGAUGCAGCUUCUCUGGAGACCUGCCCUGUGCCCACCUGGCCUUCCUCGGAAGGCAGCACGCACCCCCACCCCUACCUACAGUGCACCUUUCUCCCCCUCCCCACAAAGUAUUAAAUGUUUCUUUUUGCCA